UAUAACAGUUGAACAAUAUGCCAUAUGGACGGGAGAGGAACACUUUUCCAAUGAGGCGCGAAAGGGCGCGAAUUCCCGCUGUACCAGUGUAACCGUGAUACCGGUGCUGAUUUGUACACCGAUAAAAGCUCAACUUGAUUGUUGCCUUCUGGGCAGCUGAUGAGAUGAAAGAGAUGAGGCUUAAGUACUUCCAACUUCGAUCGAUUCCAGCGCUUUCGUCGUGGCACUGCUGCCGAACAAAGUUGACGAUGAUGGACGGAUAUUUAAUGUCCCAGUGUCAAGUCGACCACCCACCUUUGGCCCUCCCACACCUCGAUAUCAAUACUGUCACAUAAUACUGUGGGCAUCACGUAGACCAUCAGGCAAUGACAGGUGCUGUUUUAGCGGCCGGUAAUACGACGUGUCUUAGCGGUCAAUUGGAUUGGUACACAAGCGCAGUUGGUGAAACGCCUUGCAUGACAUAUCAGCGGCUUCGACAAAUAUGCAACAGUGAUUAUGUGGUUGGCAAUUUUGCGGCGACCACCCCUGGUGAUCGUUGCAAUGAUCAAGUUGGAGAUUGUUGCUGCAAUUCUGUCGCAUUCGCAUUAAGCAUGCUCUGCAUGAAUUGCCAACUAGAUGCUGAUCCAAGCGGCAAUGCAACUGGAAUUGACGCGGCUCCUGGAACCUAUACUACUUAUCUCGCGUCAUGUAUCCAAUCACAAAUCAAUC